CAUGCUUGCGAAAACUAUCGUUCUUGUCGCUUGUAUUGCUGCAGCGACGGCUUUGCCCGUACCUCUACAUGAAGCCACUUGGGUUUCAAUUUACAAAAAAUGCAUAUUGAAUGCAGUGCGAUUCAUUUCAACGUCUGCAAUGGAACCAGGUCUCCAAGUUUGUGUCAUGAAAGAAGCAGGAACUAUGACAGAGGAUGGAGUCUGGAAGGUCGAGCAAAUCAUUGAUUUUAUCCCGAAAGAGGAACCUAAAUACGAUGGCAUUGUUUCAACAAUGAGAACCUGUGCCCAAGAAGCUACUGGUAAAACAGAAGGUGAGACAGCUAUGUUCUUGCCGAAAUGUUUGGCCGAAAAAUUGCCAUGUGAGGAUCAUCCAUGCCAUGUUACUGCCAAUCUGCUGGUGGUGUUAAAUGCUUCAAUGCUUCCGACUGUUCCACAGCGAAGAUGAGAUCGAAUAUGACAAGAGACGCGACACAUUUAUGUUGCGAAAAAGAAAGGUUAGAGUGUUAUAUCCUUGCUGACAUGUUUGGCUGACGAAUUUCCAUAUAAAAAUCAUUCAUGGAAUGCUGCUGCACAUCUACUGAUCUUGCUCAAUGUUGAAAU